AUGUCCCAGAGAGAGAGAGAGAGAGCUUAUUAAGAUCCGACAUUUUCACGUUUCUCAAUUCUAACAGCCCAAAAAUGAGAUCUUUGAUGGUGUAAAAAGGGAUUUUUUUUUAUGUUCUCAGAGUUUGAAAAGCAAAAGGGUAAACAAUGGGGUGUACAUUUUCAGGGCUGAAUGCGUUAUACGACUCCACGAACGUGGGAGGUGACGUUUGGAUCAACGAAAACAGGUUCAAGAUCGUGAGGCAGUUGGGUGAAGGUGGCUUCGCUUACGUUUAUCUGGUUAAGGAAUCCAUCCCCGAUUCUUCCUCUGCUUCAGCAGGUGGCUUAGCCAACAAAGUCAAAUACCCUUCUCAUCUCUCUGAUGGUGGAACUUAUGCAAUGAAGAAGGUUCUCAUUCAGAAUAAUGAACAGUUAGAAUUGGUUCGAGAGGAGAUCCGUGUUUCAUCCUUGUUUAAUCACCGUAAUCUGCUUCCCCUUCUUGAUCAUGCUAUCAUUUCUGUUAAGCCUACACAACAAGGAUCAUGGAAUCACGAAGCAUAUUUACUAUUUCCUGUUCAUUUGGAUGGAACAUUGCUGGACAAUUCCAAAGCCAUGAGUGCUAAAAACGAAUUCUUUUCUACCUCGGAUGUUCUUGAAAUAUUUCGGCAGCUGUGUGCCGGACUCCAACAUAUGCACAAUCUCGAACCACCAUAUGCACAUAAUGAUGUCAAGCCUGGUAAUGUUCUUAUAACCCGCAGAAAAGGGGAAUCACCUCUUGCUAUAUUAAUGGAUUUUGGGAGUGCUCGUCCUGCAAGGAAGCAAAUUCGCUCUUGUUCUGAGGCACUACAGCUUCAGGAAUGGGCAUCUGAGCACUGUGCAGCACCUUUCCGAGCUCCUGAGUUGUGGGAUUGCCCAAGCCAUGCAGAUAUUGAUGAGCGAACUGAUAUUUGGUCGUUGGGGUGCACUUUAUAUGCGAUAAUGUAUGGGGUAUCCCCAUUCGAGUAUGCUCUUGGGGAAUCUGGAGGAAGCCUGCAACUGGCCAUUAUAAAUGCACAGAUUAAAUGGCCAGCCGGACCUAAACCGCUGUAUCCUGAAGCACUUCACCAAUUCGUAACUUGGAUGCUUCAGCCCCAGCCUACUGUUCGCCCUUGCAUAGAUGAUAUCAUCUAUCACGUCGACAAAUUGAUCUCGAAGUUUUCACAGUGAGAUAUCAUAUCGGGACUCGGUUUAGGAGGAGAGAGCAUUCAACCGGUAACUUUAGAUCUGAUCAUCCACAGUCCUGCAACUUGUUAUAAACGUGAGUUUUGAAGUACUUCUGAAGUGAAAGCUGUAGCAGUUCCUUAUUGAAAUGUUACAUGGUAGUCCUUUUGCCUACGGUACUCGGAUUCGAGGGUGAGUACGAGUAUAGAUAUGCAAUUUUUCUAUAUAUUUAAAGAAUCAUAUCCCGUGUCCGUAUCUGUAUCCGAAUACGUUAGAUACGGGUGUCCGAAAGGUGUAAUUUAUGGGAAAUGAAGAGACAGCUUUUUGGAGUA